CGGCGUGCAGCAAAUGAAAGUCGUUCAGGGUCAGCGGAAUAGCAGGUGAGGACCGGCCCGCAGGUAGUGCUAAAAGGCUCAAAGGGACGAAAACGCAUCCCUAGGUAUCGGAAGACAGCAAGACUCGAAAGGAGAAAGUCUUGUCCCUUACCCGCGCUCGGGACACCCGGGUCAAGCGGCCGACUGCGCGCCGCCAUCUUGAGUCCAGCGGUUUAAAUAGAGCAGGCGGGGCCGAGCGGAGGCCCGCGUCGUCUUGGUGACGUCACUCACCUGCGCGGUUUCUCAGCUAGAAUGAAGCACAUCAACCUGUCAUUUGCAGCGUGUGGGUUUCUGGGCAUUUACCACUUGGGGGCAGCAUCUGCUCUUUGCAGACAUGGCAAACAGCUCCUGAAGGAUGUCAAGGCCUUUGCCGGGGCCUCUGCGGGAUCCUUGGUUGCUUCUGUCCUGCUAACAGCUCCAGAAAAAAUAGAGAAAUGUAACGAAUUUACCUACAAGUUUGCUGAAGAAGUCCGAGGGCAGCCUUUCGGGGCAGUGACACCCGGCUAUGACUUCAUGGCCCGAUUGAGAGGUGGAAUGGAGUCGAUUCUCCCCUCCAACGCUCACGAGCUGGCCCACGACCGACUGCACGUGUCUAUCACCAACACCAAGACUGGAGAAAAUUACUUAGUCUCAAGUUUUCCCUCCAGGGAAGACCUCAUUAAGGUUCUCUUAGCCAGCAGCUUCGUGCCCAUUUACGCAGGACUGAAACCAGUGGAGUACAAAGGGCAGAAGUGGGUGGACGGAGGCCUUACCAAUAGCCUUCCCAUCCUGCCUAUAGGCCGGACAGUGACCAUCUCUCCCUUCAGUGGACAACUGGACAUCUCCCCGCAGGACAAAGGGCAGCUAGAUCUGUAUGUUAACAUCGCCAAUCAGGACAUAAUGAUUAACCCGUGCUGUGAAGAAGAGAAAGAAGAGGGUUGGGUUGAAGGCAGCAUCACGUCUACACAAAGCCUGCGGAAGGCUCACCACUUCUCGGUACCUGAAUCUUCCUUAUAGACGCGAGAAGACUGCCUUCUAUGAACCUGGAAGCAGACUCUCACCAAACACCGAAUCUGCCAGCACCUUGAUCUUGGACUUCCCAGCCUCUAGAAUCAUGAGGAAUAAAUUUCUGUAGUUUGUCAGCCACCCAAUCUAUAGUAUUUUGUUGUGACAGCCUGAAUGGACUAAGACUUCAACCAUGGUGGCACCUCGAUCUCGGACUUCCAGCCUCCAGCACUGUGAGAAAACAAGUUUCUGUUGUUCAAGUCUAUGGUAUUUUGUUAAGGCAGGAAGCAACAAGAGGCAUGAUCCCUCUACCAAAUGGGCCAGGUAACUGCAUCUGAGUGAGCCAAUUUAGUCUGGAUCUGAGGACCUGGUAUCAAUUGUGCACAUGAUAACAUGUAAAUUUAAUUGAAAUAUUUUGAAUGCUCGAUAUUUUGCUGCAUAUAUUACCAGAAUCAGAUUUCUAAUCUGGAGACAUUCCUUGACCUUUUAACCUUCAUAUGCCAGAGGUCUAAUAUCUUCAAAUUGAGGAUAAUACAUGAUAAGGAUAAGAUUUCCUAAUACAUGUUAUCACCUUAGAAGCUUCUAGAGCGAGACAGGCUGUAGAGAUAGCAAUGAUUUAGGUAGAAAAUAGAUGGAUAGGUAGCCAAAAAUAUAGCACUAGGGCCUUAUUAGCAAGUGAUUCAAUCUUACGAGAAAAAUGAAAAGCUUUUGAGAGACAAAGCUAAACCUUUCCAUAAAUUACAUCCCAAAUAUAGGAACUAUAUGAAAAAAUGAAGCCACUGAAAAUCUAGAAGUAUAAAAAACAACUACUUUUAUGUUAUCUACGAGACUCAUCUUUUCUACAUGAGACAAUAUCACCUAUUUAAAUCCACAGCUAUUUUUGCAUUUGCUUCAUCUGUGCAGGUACUAUAUUUAAGGCAGACGUGUGAUGGAGGAAAUAACACCUACUCCAGUGGAUUAAUUUAGGAGAUUCACUUGAAAAAUAGCCUUACCUUCCUCUAAAUUAAGAAAUAUUUACUCUCACUCUGCAGAUGUCGGAUGAGAAAAGAAAUGAUAGAGCUCUUGGUUUCAAGAGAAAUGUCUCUUUAUGGUGUUAUAAAUUGUGCCUUGCAAAUUAAAAUUCUACAAGCAAAAGUUUCCCUUCAUUCUGGGAAAAUAGACAUUGCUAAUAUAAUGCUUUUCUUUCCCAUUUUUAGGGUUUCUGGAUAAACUUAAAAGAAGUUAAAAUUAGCCAAAUAUGACUCAGUUAACAAGAACAAAAAAGUAGAAAACAGGGUAAAUAAGUCAACUGAUUAAGAAAAAUCUAUUACAGUUGCUGUAAAGAAUAAAAAUCCUUGUUUUUGCAGAAGUAUGCUAUCCUAUUUCAGACUAUUUAUAUCAUAUACUGGCCCCAAAUAUAAUUUUUAGAUAACCAUGAGUUUUAAGUAGACAUUUUUGUUUUUGGCUUUGAGUAUUAUAUGCCACCAGAUGGAUGAAAAUGACUUUACAGACUUCACAGUUUCUUUAAACUGCAAAUGUUUAAUUAAAGAAACAUGCAUUAAAGAAAGUCAAUGCACACACAAAUGCACAACAUCACCAUAUUUUUCAUUCAGGUCUAUAUAUCUGGGGAUGCAAACAUUAACAAAAUCCAGUCUUUUACCUCAGUGGGGGGAGCAAAGGAUUGAGGUAUGGUGUGGGUGAACGUUAUGAGUUUUAAAAUAGAAAUCUCUGCCCAAAGAAGGGAGUUGUUCCUACCAGAAUUGUCAGAAAAUGGUAAGAUAAUGUGCAACUGUACCCCUGACCUCAAGUAGCUUAUUUAAAUCAGGACAUGCAAAAAAGUAACUCUACUAGGCAGAAUAAAAUGCACAAUGGAAGUUUAAUAUCAUAUGCUGCUGGUGGGAGUGCAAACUGGUGCAGCCAUUAUGGAAAGCAGUAUGGAGAUGCCUCAAAAAAUUAAGAAUAGAACUACCAUACGAUCCAGCUAUUCCACUGCUGAAUAUUUAUCCAAAGAACAUGAAAACAUGAAUGCAUAAAGAUACAUCCACCUCUAUGUUUAUUGCAGCAUUAUUCACAACAGCCAAGACUUGGAAGCAACCUAGGUGCCCAUCAAGGGCUGAAUGGAUAAAGAAUAUGUGGUAUAUAUACACAAUGGAAUACGACUCAGCCAUAAAAGACAAUGAAAUGUGGCCAUUUGUGACAACGUGGAUGGGCCUUGAGAGUAUUACACUAAGCGAAAUAAGUCAGAGGGAGAAGGUCAAAUACCAUAUGAUCUCACUCAUAAGUAGAAGAUAAAAACAACAAACAAGCACAAGGAGACGGAGAUUGGAUUGGUGGUUACCAGAGGGGAAGUGGGGAGGAAGGAGGGUGACAGGGGUGAUUAGGCACAUUUGUGUGGUGAUGGAUUGUAAUUAGUCUUUGGGUGGUGAACAUGAUGUAAUCUACACAGAAAUUGAAAUAUAAUGAUGUACACCUGAAAUUUAUAUAAUGUUAUAAGCCAAUGUUACCGAAAUAAAAAAAAAGAAAACUUACGUACACACACACACACACAAACUGUGAUCAUGCUAAAUAAGAAGAGAUUCAUUCCACAAGGGUGGGCCAUGAAGAUGGGGUGCAAGGCAGCGAGGAUGUUGGUGGAGUGGCCUUGGAGACAAGCCUGGCAAGAAGAGAUAGUCAAAUGGCAAGAAAAUGGUCUGAAGUAACACCAUUAAGUCAAUUUUUAUGCUAUGUGCUUUUAUUCUAAUUUGUGAGACUAGUCUCUUUUACAUUAUUUCGGUCAUCUUAAUUGGUUCAAGUUUAGCCCGAUGGAAGCAUUAUGAUGGGAAAGGGAGAGAAGUGAAGCAGAAGUGAUUUGGGGGGGAAAUGUACACUGGACGCAGGAAGCUCAGGCAUGGCAUCUCAGAUUGGGACAGCUGUAGUGCAGCCUUGGCCUCCAGCACCCUGGACCCCGAGGAGCUUGCCAGGAACAGGGCAGGGAAGAGAGCAGAUGAAUGGAGACACGGUGAAUACCAGAAGCAGGGCAGCUACUUGCUCAUUUUGUUUGGAGCUUGCCUCUGCCCUCCUUUCUGCUAAGCUGUCUGUACCAAGAUCCAGUCACUGCUCUCCUUCUCUAUCACUGGUCGUUUUGUGGGAUCGGCAGGACAGAGAGGUUAGGGAGAUGCAGAGCCCUCUGAAGUUACAGAACUCGGCACUAACAAGUGGGGCAUGCUCGGAUCAUCAAACCAAGAGCAGUUGUGAGCAUCAGAUGGAAGCUGUGUGUGGCGGACCUGUGAACACGCGUUGUUGCAAAUCUGAUUUGGUAAAAGCAGGACUCAGUCUCAAAACAUCCUUUUGAAAACUUUUCUUUCAAAAGCCCAAGUGCAGAGUGCAUUUUCCCAUAUAGCAUACGCUAAAUAAUACACAGCACGCAGAGCCAUGAGCACAGUACACGAUGUGAUGUUUCCCAAAGCCUUUCUUUGACGAGAUAUUUUCAAGUCAGUGUUAUUAAAAGAAUAAAAAAGAAACAAAACACUUUCUGUCUUUAUUGUUUAAACUUCCCUGAUAUGCUUGAGCAUUGUAUAGAUGGAAAAGAAAAUGCUUUCAGGAUGAAAAUUAAAAAUGAAUGACUUUGAGAUUUGAAGCAUAAAAGCCAAAAGAAAAAAAAAUUGGUUUUGCAUUUUCUCCCUCUCUGAAAUGUAUUUAUAGUCUGAAGCUUUUUCUCUGAAAGUAGACAGGGUUUUAAAAUAAAUCUUACC